UUACGGCCCGGCGGCGAUGGCGGAGGGAGAGCGGGCGGAGAGCGGCGGCGGCGGCGGCGGGAGCUCCGGGCGGCCGCCUCAGGAGGGCGAGCCGGGGGCGCUGGAGCGGGCCGAGGCCCUCAAGACACAGGCCAACGACUUCUUCAAAGCAAAGGACUAUGAGAACGCCGUGAAGUAUUACACCCAGGCCAUUGAACUGAACCCCACCAACGCCAUCUACUAUGGCAACCGGAGCCUGGCCUACUUGCGGACGGAAUGCUAUGGCUACGCCCUGGCCGACGCCACCAAGUCCAUCGAGCUGGACAAGAAGUACAUCAAAGGCUAUUACAGGCGGGCCACCAGCAACAUGGCCCUGGGCAAGUUCAAGGCAGCCUUGCGGGACUAUGAGACGGUUGUCAAGGUGAAGCCGAACGACAAGGAUGCUAAGAUGAAGUAUCAGGAGUGCAAUAAGAUUGUGAAGCAGAAGGCUUUCGAGAGGGCCAUCGCCAGUGACGAGCACAAGCGGUCUGUGGUUGACUCCCUGGACAUAGAGAACAUGACCAUUGAGGACGAGUACAGUGGCCCGAAGCUGGACAAUGGGAAAGUGACGCUUGCGUUCAUGAAGGAAUUAAUGCAGUGGUACAAGGAUCAAAAGAAGCUCCACAGGAAAUGUGCCUAUCAGAUCUUGGUGCAAGUGAAAGAGGUGCUAUCAAAACUCCCCACCCUAGUAGAAACGACGUUAAAAGAGACAGAGAAAAUAACUGUUUGCGGAGACACCCACGGACAGUAUUAUGACCUCCUGAAUAUAUUUGAAUUGAACGGGCUGCCGUCGGAAACAAAUCCAUAUAUAUUCAACGGGGACUUUGUUGAUCGUGGCUCCUUCUCCGUGGAGGUGAUCCUGACGCUCUUCGGUUUUAAGCUGCUAUAUCCAGAUCAUUUCCACCUACUUCGAGGGAACCACGAAACGGACAAUAUGAACCAGAUCUAUGGGUUUGAGGGAGAGGUCAAAGCCAAAUACACAGCCCAGAUGUUUGAGCUCUUCAGUGAGGUCUUUGAGUGGCUACCUCUGGCGCAGUGCAUCAACGGCAAAGUCUUGAUAAUGCACGGUGGCCUCUUCAGUGAAGACGGCAUAACGUUAGACGAUAUCAGGAAGAUCGAGAGGAAUCGGCAACCUCCAGAUUCGGGUCCCAUGUGCGACUUGCUCUGGUCAGACCCUCAACCCCAGAACGGCCGGUCCAUCAGCAAGCGUGGCGUGAGCUGCCAGUUUGGGCCCGACGUCACCAAAAGCUUCCUUGAGCGCAACCACCUAGAUUACAUCAUCCGCAGCCACGAAGUCAAGCCGGAAGGGUAUGAGAUGGCUCACGAUGGCAAGUGCGUCACUGUCUUCUCUGCCCCCAACUACUGUGACCAGAUGGGCAAUAAGGGUUCCUACAUCCACUUGCAAGGCUCAGACUUGCGGCCGGAAUUCCACCAGUUCACAGCAGUGCCUCAUCCAAACGUCAAGCCAAUGAUGUAUGCCAAUUCGCUGCUGCAAAUGGGGAUGAUGUAAGCUGCCCUCCAGCUCUGCCAGCUUGCCCCCCCCACCUUCUUGCCAGGAGACCCCUGCGCUAGGCAAACAACAAAUCCCCCUUCCUUCCUUCCUUUUUUUUUUGGGUUACAUUUCCUUCCAACAUCAGCCUUCACUACAAAGCAAGGGAUAUUUUGUCAGGUGGGCUGGUGGUUACGGCUGAGCAUCUCCUGCAGGGUGUGUGUGUGCUGAGGACUGCGUCUGUAAUACCCCCCACCCACCCCCCAGAAGGCAGAUACUGUCCCAGGGCGACCCUCGCCUUUGCUAGCGUUGCGUAAUGCGCACAGGCAACACGAGAAAACGGCAGCCAGAACGUUAGAUAACAAUUUUUUUUUAAUAUAUCGGAAGACUGUAUUUAUUCCUUACCGACUCUGAUUUUUCCCCCUGCCCUCCCACCGGUUCUCCUUCAUCUUUUCCCAGCUUGAAAGCAGUCACGAUUCUGCAACCCACCAGCCUAGAGGAGUGGGGCGGAGGUUGAGGGCUGCCUUUGCCAGCCUCUCCCCUCUUCCCCUCCUCCAGCUGAUGGCUGUAGUCCCGGAAGAUCAGAGCUCAACUCCGUUAGGUGUGUGCAAACACACCCGACCCCUUCCACCUUUCCCGUGGGUUCUGCGUCGCCGCAGAGAAACUGUUCGGUUUGCCCAGGCGCUCAGAGCUCAAGGGGAAGAGCUGUUCCGUUACCUCUUUCUUGCGCCACCUUGUCAUAGCGACAAGGGGUCUUCAGUCUGUGGGCGAGGAUGGCUUCUCAGCCUAGCUGCCCGCCAGCUCUAAUCUCUUCCCGGGUACUUUGUUGGUCCUAUCAUCAUGUUCCCAGCUAGCCUAAGCCGAAAACCCCAGAGGAAUGUGUAGCCUGUUUGCAUGUUUGUGUGUGUGAAUUUUUCCAUCCUGAUGCCAACUGUGGAUUAGCCUCAGCUGGGCUAUUACUGGCCACCGUCCCCAGCUCAGUACGGAGCAGGGGAGGGGGGCUUCUGGUAAUUUUGGGGUGGAGACAGGAAGGGGAUUGGGGAAGGGGAUUCGGGAAUUGUGUAGGGCUGACCCUUGGCUUUUGGGCCCCCUUCAUUCCAGCCUCGCAGGGAUUGUUACGCGUUCCGGGGAGGGGAAAAUUCAUCGGGGCAUUUUGACGACUCUCCCGUCUUGAGAUCUGCAGGCUUCGGGGAUCCGUUUGUCCAGGGGGUGGGGAGACUUAACACCGCUUCCGGGGCUUUAUCCUCUCAAGAUCCUUCUCGACCUCUUCCCUGUGACUGAUUUGGAGGGAUCACUCUUUUAGUCCAGGAUAUGCUGCUGGUGGGAUCUCGGGAAGGUCAGGGUCCUCUCUCUAGUUGGGACCUUCCAAUUCUGAUAUUGCACAAGCUUGGUUUCUUGAGAGAGAGAGAGAGAGAGAGAGAGAGAGAGAGAGACAAAGACCUCAAUCUCAGCGGAGAUGUGCAGAAUCUGUCUUGUGGCUCCUGGUUCCCUCCCUUCCUUCCCCUAGCUUGUGCGUUUUACGUUUUUGUCGCCAGAGGAUAAAACUGCCUGGGGGUGGGGGAAUCAGGCCUGAGGGGACCAGCUUUGCCAAAGGGCUGAAGAACUGGGAAAUGGAGAAAUUUGGUGGUUUGUUUGUUUUUUUGUUGCUCCUAUUCCCCGCCCCCCCAAACACCCACACCUUCUUGGGACCUUCCCUUCUUGCUCCCGCUCUGGCAAGGCAUCGUCAUUUCGGCUUUUCCAAACUGAAACGAGGCUGCUUUCUUCCCCUAUCGUGGCCGAAAAGAGAAACCAGCGAAUAUUCCAGAAGCACUUUGGAGGUUCUUAUUUCCAUGCUGACCAUGGAGGGUUUUUAUACAUCCAGGAUUUCCUCUCCACUCGCCCUCCUACCUAUUUGAGCUAUUUUACUGUCUGUAAUUAAACAAAAGAUGUUAAAAUAAAGUAACUAUUGAAAGACCUGC